UUGACUUGCUUCUUCUCAGACGUGCACGUCAGCUGUAAUCUCCAGAGAUUUAGUCUGAUACCAUGAACUCCGAAGCAGACGAAUCUAAAGAAGUGGCAACAGAUGUCUUCAAUUCCAAAGGUUUGGCCAUUCAGGCCCAGAAGAAAAUUCUUGGCAAAAUGGCAUCCAAAUCAAUAGCAACUGCUCUGAUAGAUGACACUAGCAGUAAUGUGUUAGAUGAACUCUAUAGAGUAACAAAGGAAUACACACAAAACAAGAAAGAGGCAGAGAAAAUAAUUAAAAAUCUCAUCAAAACUGUUAUCAAGUUAGCAAUCCUUUACAGAAAUAAUCAGUUCAAUCAAGAAGAGAUUAUUCUUAUGGAGAAGUUCAAGAAGAAGGUUCACCAGCUGGCUAAAACGGUGGUUAGCUUCCAUCAAGUGGAUUAUACCUUUGACAGAAUUUUUUUGUCAAAACUGUUGAAUGACUGUAGAGAUCUUCUUCAUCAAAUCAUCCAGCGUCACCUAACUUCUAAAUCACAUGGACGUGUCAACAACGUCUUUGAUCACUUCUCAGAUUGUGAAUUUCUGGCUGCCUUGUACAAUCCAUUUGGACCCUACAAGUCUCACUUGCAGAAGCUUUGUGAUGGUGUCAACAAAAUGCUAGAUGAUGGAAAUAUAUAAAUAACUGCAUCAGACUGAUCAUAUAUUCACAGGCUCAGGACUACUUAUGUCUCAUUGAUUUCAUGAAGGAGGAAGGCAUAGAAAAAAGUUAGGCAAAUGUUUAAAAUACCAAACAAACAAUUACAAAAUUCCUUACCAUUUGACUCAUUUAUUUGAAGUCUUCCAUUGCUGUUUCAUGUGAUUUUUUUGCAGUGCUUUGCUUUCAGAUGUGGAGUAAUAAAGACAUGUAAUAGGACUGCUCAAAUGAAAUUGGGCUUUUGUAUAAUAGGCAAAAAUAUUGUAUAGCUAGAUAAUCCAAAUGCAUAUUUCUUCUUGUAGACAAAUAUAAUCUAUCAAAAGAUCAAUAUUUUUAUAUAUAAGAUUCAUGACAGUGGCACAUAACUGGAUUUACGUUUACAGAAACUGUUUUAAUCUAUUUAAAUUCUCAUACGCUAGACAGAUUCUUAGGUCACUGUCUUUGGUUUCUUAGGAAUGGUUUAUGUAUAAGAUAGCUGGGGACAACCCAAUCCCUUCUGAACUGUGCAGGCUGCUGCCGAACUUGAAUGACAGCACAUUGGUGUAAAUGAACAUCUCUGCUUGGUUGUGUUUACAGUGUUUCCAUGCUUGUGGUAUUAAUUCUUCAAGCUCCUGCCAUGAGGCUAUUGUGUAAAGAUGCUGUUUCACAAGAAGUGUUUAACAGGAAGUCCGAAUUUAGUAAUGACAAUGAUCGACAUGUGACUUUAAUCUAAAACUUAGUUUUAUUAAUCUGUAGUAAAAUAGUUCUUCAUUAUCGUCAAGUGAUUGAAGUGGAUUUAGAAUUACCAGCCCUGGACUGAAAACCCCAGAGUUUUUGUGGGAAGGUGAAUAGGGAGGGACAGCAUUGCUGAAGCAGCAGUGAAAGUUCUAGUUAGUGAUGGAAGUGCCAUCACUGCAUCAACGAGGCUCUAGGAAUUCCCCCAGUCUCUAUGGUAAAGAGCAUAGAGAUUGGGAAAUUCUUCAAGUGUUACAGACGCAGCAACUGGAAGUGAUGUUGCUGUAUCUAUGAUGUCAUCCCCCUCUUUUUUCCUGCUGCUCAAUUGCCCAAGAGCGUGACAGGGAGAAACAGCUCUAGAUAAACUUGACUGAUUCUGGAUUAUUGUUGUUUUUAACUGUCGACAGUAAUAGCCAGAAAACUUGCAUGCUAGUGGUAUUAUUGUCAAAGAAAGCAACUCUGUAUGUGUUUUCUUUUUUCCGCUGCAAAUAAUAUAGGUCUUCAUGAAAAAAAAGCUUAAGCCAAAAUUACUGCCACUGCUUGAAAGGUUUGCAAUUAAAUAACAACUAGUUAUUUACAUGUAUUCCCAACAUGUAUAUGGAAUUCUUCAAGCUACAAAAACCACCUGCUCAUUUCUAUAGAGAAAGUCCUAAUUGAUUGCAUCUCUACAUUGCAGUGAGUGAGAUUGCCUGUGUACAUGAGUUAUCCAUGUGUGUAUCUGAUUGCUCAGUGAAUCUCGACUGGAGUAACGAAAAAUAACAAUCUUCAUGAGAAGCGGUGGGUGAUAAUAUGAAUUUAGAAACUGUAAGUAGCUGAAUCAAAUACUAAAUGGAAUUUUGCACAUUAUUCGUAAAAACAGAAAUCAGUGCAUACUACCUAGGAUAAUUGUAUAAUACAUAUACAAAAAAGAACCAUCUAUCAUAGCUUUUGAAAUCAGAUUUUAUAUAUUUCAAAAGUGGAAUAUGCUGAAAAUGUAAAACAUAUACACUUCAAGCAACUAAGAAUAAUUGGCCAGGUGCUGUUCGCUUAAA